AAAUUCACCAUUUUUGUACAUUCAAAGCUUUUCUCAAUCUACCAAUUUCUUACUUCGUCUUAGCAUACGAUCGAUAUGGCUCGUACCAAGCAAACUGCCCGUAAAUCAACUGGUGGAAAGGCUCCAAGGAAGCAGCUAGCCACCAAGGCUGCCAGAAAGUCAGCUCCGGCCACUGGAGGAGUGAAGAAGCCUCACCGUUUCAGGCCAGGAACUGUGGCUCUAAGAGAAAUCAGGAAAUACCAAAAGUCAACGGAGUUGUUGAUCAGGAAGCUCCCAUUUCAGAGGCUAGUGAGGGAAAUUGCUCAGGAUUUUAAAACAGAUCUGAGGUUUCAGAGCAGUGCUGUGGCUGCUCUACAAGAGGCUGCGGAGGCCUACCUUGUUGGGCUCUUUGAAGAUACCAAUCUCUGUGCAAUCCAUGCCAAGAGGGUAACUAUCAUGCCCAAGGAUAUUCAGCUUGCUAGGAGGAUUCGUGGAGAAAGGGCUUAGGAAUCUUUGUUGAAUGUUAGGAUUGGUUAUGUAAAUCAUAUUACUUGAUAUAUAAACCUUUGGUUUAGUACUAUUCUGGAAUCUGAUUAAUGAAAUCUUUAGUUCAUUUUAUUUCAAUUAAAGCUGAUGCUCAUUCUA